AUGGCUGCCGACCCGAGUGAGCUUCCGCCCUGCGCUUGUCGAGGAGAGCUGAUGGGGGCAGAGUUGUACAUCAUUGGAACCGCCCACAUCUCUGCCCGUAGCGCUGCUGACGUCGAGGAGUUGAUCUCCCGCAUCCAGCCGGAUAGCAUCGUCGUGGAGCUCAGCCGAAAUCGGAUCAGCAGCCUCUAUCCCGCGGGUGCCACCCAGACUCAGACCGGCUCUUUGCAGUUGAAUGUGGGCACUACGGAGGAAGGCUUUCCUGUGAUCCUGCGGCACAUCGAGCCGCAGAACGGAGCCGAUGGCCAGCUGAUCAUUUGCAAUGCUGAGGGCGUGGAGGAGGAUGUCGUGAACAUGCGACAGCCGAUUUCCAGCUUCCGCGAUGGCAAAUGGCUGGAGACGGCCUUUGAGAAGCAUCGAUAUCGCAGCGAGACGCUGAAGGUUUGGCCGGCCAUUGAGCUGAUGGCUACACUGUCCAACCGACUCUUCCCCUUAGCGCAGAGGGCGUUCUACAUGUCCGUGGGCACGGUGCGGCACAGCGGCGGGGAGUUCGCGGCCGCAGCGCGCCAGGGCCGCUCCCUGAACUGUCCGAUCGUCCUGGGGGAUGUUGAGAACGAGGACCUGUUCGAUCCCCUGGGAGCUUUGGAGGUCACUCGGGAGGACCCUUUCUGGGUGCGCCUGGCGGGUCCUUUGGUGCGGCCGUCGGAUGGCGGCAUCGACCUCUGGAAGGCUCUGAAGCACGUCUUUGCCGGAACGACCAAGCCGGGCGCUGGCGCAGCGAUCGGCGCUGUAUAUCUGGCGCUGCUGAUCUGGGGCUUUUGGUCAGACGAGGUGUCGCAAUCGCUGCAUGCCACGGUGGAUUUGAGCUCAGUUCCACCGCUGCUGCUGGCGAUGAGCGCCACCAACACGUUCAUCGCAUCGGUCAUCAUUUUUCUGCUGACUGCAACGCGGGACGAGCAGCUGUACCGCGCGCUGAGAGAAGCUGCGCGUACAACUGUUGCCAAACAAGGCCAUGGCAAGGUGGUGAUGGUGUGCGGCGUUGCGCAUGUGAAUGGCAUCGCCCGGCAUGUGGCCAAGGCACGUGCCGCCGGCCCGUGA